AGAGGCCCUGGGGGGCGGCCACACCUCUGUGGGGAGGAGAGGGAGCCUGCCCUGAAAGGAGUGGACAGCUCCGCUGCCAGUCUUCCCAGACUGAGAGUGUAAGAUGAGAAGGAGAAGGUGGGCCUCACCCAGGAGGGGAGGGCGCCCAGAAACUUCCUGCAGCUCUCAGCUCCGCCGCAGACUGCGAGCGAGAGUCCUUCCACAAACUUUCAGAGGCACUCGGGGUGUCGGGGCCGAGGGAGAAGCGAUCGGAGCCGUGCGUCCCCAGCCUGGAGCCGGGACACUGGCGUUUCCAGUUUGGACUGAGCUUUGAGCCUCGGAACUGACGGCGCCUCAGUUCACGUAAGCAUCUUGGAAAAUCGCUCGCUGUAACUCCGAGGGGGUGGGGGGGACCCAACUUGGACUUGUCGCCUGCGGAGAAAAUUUCAGGGAGGUGACACCCUGCAUGAGCAGAGUUGCUGGGACUCUCCCCUGCCUCCUCCCCAAGACUAGAAGCUUAGAGGUUUGUUUUUGUUUUUGUUUGUUUGGGCUUCUUGCCCCCCACCCCAGAGUCCACUCUGGAGAUCUUAAAGACUCUCGAGAAAAGCCACGUGGGGGGCUGGUUCCCCUGGGGUUUCCUCCCCUCCCCCGAUUGCCUGAUCCUCUGGAGUGUCCCUGAUGUCUGCAAAGAUGUCGAUCUGGACGUGUUAGUGGAGGCCUUAAGGCCCGUAGGCACCUUUAAGAAGAUCGGGAAGGUGUUCCGCAAAGAGGAGGACUCCACGGUGGGAAUGCUGCAGAUUGGGGAGGAUGUUGACUAUCUGCUCAUUCCCCGGGAGGUCCGGCUGGCUGGGGGCGUGUGGAGAGUCAUCUCCAAGCCCGCCACCAAGGAAGCUGAGUUUCGGGAGCGGCUGAUGCAGUUUCUGCAGGAGGAGGGCCGCACCCUGGAAGACGUGGCCCGAAUCAUCGAAAAGAGCACUCCACACCCACCCCAGCCCCCCAAAAAGGCCAAGGAGCCCCGAGUGAGGCGAGUCCCACAGAUGGUCACUCCUCCACCUCGGCUGGUCGUAGGCACCUAUGACAGCAGCAAUGCCAGCGACAGCGAGUUGAGUGACUUUGAGACCUCCAAAGUCAAAGGCAACAGGGGCUCCCAGAGGACCAGAAAGGUGCGCAAAAUGCCGGUCAGUUACCUGGGCAGCAAAUUCCUGGGCAGCGACGUGGAGAGCGAGGAUGAUCAGGAGCUGAUAGAGGCCUUCCUCCGCCGUGGGGAGAAGAAACCCAGCGCGCCUCCUCCACGUCGCCGAGUCAAUCUGCCAGUGCCCAUGUUUGAGGACAACCUGGCGCCCCGGCCGUCCAAGGCCGACAGAUGGCGGGAGUAUGUCAGCCAGGUGUCCUGGGGGAAGCUGAAACAGAGGGUGAAGGGCUGGGCGCCCAGAUCAGGCUCCGAGGUGGGCGAGGCCCAGCAGGCCUCCAUCGCAGCUGAAAGGGCUGGAGAAUUGAGACGCAGCCACACCAGCCGGGACGACAGCUCCAGAAACGCAGGAGAUGGGAGCGACCAGACACUGGGUACCAGACGCUGGAAGCCCAAGAUCAAGUGGGUCUCCUUGAGGAGGUGCAGGAGGGAGCAGGCGCCACCCCCAGCUCAGGAGAGAGCUGAGGGGCCCCCAGAGGCUGCCGAGAACCAGGGGGCAGAGGUUCCAGCUGAACGUGGAGCAGAGGCUGCAGCUAAUCCGAGGGCAGAGGCUGCAGCUAAUCCAAGGGCAGAGGCUGCAGCUAACCCGAGGGCAGAGGCUGCAGCUAACCCGAGGGCAGAGGCUGCACCUAACCCGAGGGCAGAGGCUGCAGCUAACCCGAGGGCAGAGGCUGCAGCUAACCCGAGGGCAGAGGCUGCAGCUAACCCGAGGGCAGAGGCUGCAGCUAACCCGAGAGCAGAGGCUGCAGCUAAUCUGAGGGCAGAGGCUGCACCUAACCUGAGGGCAGAGGCUGCACCUAACCCGAGGGCAGAGGCUGCAGCUAACCCGAGGGCACAGGCUGCAGCUAACCCGAGGGCAAAGGCUGCAGCUAGAAUGAGGGCAGAGCCUGCAGCUAACCCGAGGGCAGAGGCUGCAGCUAAUCCAAGGGCAGAGGCUGCACCUAACCUGAGGGCAGAGGCUGCACCUAACCCGAGGGCAGAGGCUGCAGCUAACCCGAGGGCACAGGCUGCAGCUAACCCGAGGGCACAGGCUGCAGCUAGUAUGAGGGCAGAGGCGGCAGCUAAUCUGAGGGCAGAGGCUGCACCUAAUCCGAGAGCAGAGGUCCCCGAUAACCAUGAGUUUGAAGCUGCAGCUAAUCAGAAGACAGAAGCCCUACCUGACCGGAGGGCAGAAGCCAUAGAUAGUCAGAGGCCAGAGGACCCAGCUAACCAAGGGGCUGGAGCUGCAGAAAAUCAGAGGGUGGAGGCCCCGGCAGACCAGAGGGCAGAAGUCCUCCAUGACCAGAGGGAGGAGGCUGGACCUCAGGCUCUAGCGGAAGCCUCAGCUGGCUCCAUUACCCUAGGAACAGUCUCGGGAUCUAGGGUCCGGAAACAGGUAAAGACAGUGAGGUUCCAGACCCCAGGACGUUUCUCCUGGUUCCGCAAGCGCAGGAGGGCUUUCUGGCACACUCCCCGGGUGCCAACCCUGCCCAAGAGAGUCCCCAGGGCAGGUGAGGCUAGGAGCCUCAGGGUGUUGAGGGCUGAGGCUAGAGCAGAGAUGGAACACAGAGAGCAAGAGGAACAGCUGUGAGGGGAGCCGCAGGACCCUGCACCAGGCCUGCCCUGGGGGAGCUGAUAGGGUGCCUCCCUCCCUUGCAGGCUCCUUCUACUUCCGUGUUUGAAAAUGGAGGCUGCAGAGGCAGGCAGCCCCUCCCACACCUUUACCUCCACUUUUCUCCCCCUUCUCCACCUUCUUCCUCCCCCCUUCUUUUUGAGACAGUUUUUCUAUGCAGUCCCGCCAGCCUGGUACUCCAUCUAUAAUUGGUCUCAAACUCACAGUACGCCCCUGCCUUAGUAUUCCAAGCACCAGGAUUGCAGGUGUGUUCUGCUACAUCUGGCUCUAGUGACCCUCUUCUCUUGUUUUUGUUUUGUUUAAGAGGGGUUUCUCUGUGUAGUCCUGGCUGGCCUGGAACUCACUAUGUAGACCAGGCUGGCCUUGAGCUCACAGAGAUCUGCCUGCCUUUGCUAGGACUAAAGGCACAUACCACCAAGCCUGCCUACCAUGACCCUCUUUAUGAUCCUGUUUUUAGUCUGAUGAGACCAUUCAUUUUUAGGGUGGUAUAGCUGUAGACACACUUGAUUUUUUAAUACGUUGAUUUUUCUAAAUACUGAAUAUAGCAUCUCAAAGAAUGUAAAGAAAGAAGUCCAUGGGGCCUGCUUGCCCGGAUGGUGUUUUAACUUCUCGCUAUGUAUCUUAAGUGCUCACAGCCUGGCAAAGGGAAAUGGACAGAGGAGGGGUUCUGUCCACUGUCUUCUGUCUACUUUGAUGGACAGCCCCUUUGCACUUAAAGAGAGGGCUCAAGUUGAUACACAAAUAAAAAUGUUUACAACAGUG